AUGCUCGACACGACUGUCGACAUGCUGGCCGGUGUGACCGGCGGUGUGGCCGCGGUCCUCGUCGGACAGCCGCUGGACACGGUCAAAACGAACAUGCAAUUGUACCCGAACCUGUAUAAAAAAAUGUUCGCUUCGUUGUACGAGACCGCCCGUCAAAGGGGCGUCCGCGGCCUGUACGCCGGGAUGAUACCGGCCCUGGUGGCGAACGCGGCCGAAAACGCGGUCAUGUUCGCGUCGUACGGCCAGUGCCAAAGUCUGGUGGCGAACGCGGUCGGGCUCAGCAGCAAGACGCAUUUGUGCUGCGUUCACAACGCGUCGGCCGGAAGCAUUUCGUCGGUCAGUAUGAGAACGCCGGUUCGUUAAACACCUAAUAUAUAAGCGCGAAAGUCCGGGCCUCUAAAAUUAUAACGGAUACGCGAUCGAGUGGAAAUCGUGGCGACACGAUGAAAAAAAAAAAAAAAAAAAAAAAAAAAAAUCGCGACUAAACAAGUGACGGGUCAGGUAGUAUUGUAUACGCGGCGAACAAACGUCCUGCCGUUUUCGUUAACGAAACUCGAUUAAAACCUUUUCAGGUGUUCACUUCGGUGGUACUUUGUCCCGCCGAAUUGGUGAAAAUACGGAUGCAGGGCUACGAAGAUUUCGCCGACGUCAAACGGCCGACGAUAAAACUGGCGGUAAAACAAAUAUUGAAGUCUGGCGGAUACAGAGGCCUGUACCGCGGACUGGAGUUAACGUUCUUGAGGGAGUGCGUAGGUAACGCGUUAUUUUUCGGAACGUAUGAAUACACUCGCGAACAACUGAAACCGACUGACGGACAAAAAGAAAACUGCGACCCGUUAGCGACGAUGGCGUCCGGCUCGAUAGCCGGCUUAGUCACGUGGCUCGUCUCGUAUCCGAUAGACGUGAUCAAGACGCGCGUCCAAAUGACAGAAAAGAAAUCCGGAAUGCCGUUGAUCUGGAACGAAAUUCAAAGAGCGGGAACACGCGGGCUGUACUCGGGAUUGUUUCCCACGUUAUUCAAAACGGUACCGGUCACCGGCGUGUUAUUGUCCAGUGUAGAAUUUUCCAGACCGAUUUUCCAGAAUAUCCUGGCGGAUUCGUCGAGCUUAAACGAUUCAAUAGCCACUCCGGAAAACCAGAUUUUUUCGUUGUGCGAUUUCUUAUCCGGAUGGAUGGCGGGUUAGAAUAAUAAUAAUCGGCGAGGUGUAGAACGAAAAAACCCGUAAUAUUGAUCGGACGUGUAUAUUGAUAUUUACAGGAGUCGUGUCUACGUUUGUUGGCCAUCCGAUGGAUACGGUCAGAGUCAUACAACAAGUGACCAACACCGGCAUAGUGGAAUCUGUUCGCAGCGUUUACAGCGAACAAAAGGUAGACGACAAUAUUGACCGCGGAUACUGUUGAAACGAAAUAAAUAAAUACAAAACAAUAUUAACUAAUAUUCCCCGUGUGCUUUUUCCCUCUUCCCCGGCAGUUUGCCGGGUUUUACAGAGGAAUGAUGUUUCCGCUUUUGUCUACGGGCGUCAUAAACUCGGUGUUAUUCGGAGCCAACGGUAACGCGAUGCGGUUUAUCCAGAAGUACCGCGGCAUCAACGACGUGGACGUCAGGUAUUGUUGCGACGCGAACGAAUUGAACAAAACGCAAUGGCACUGCGAUACGUUUGCAGCCGGAUGCGUCGGCGGGUUUUUGUCCACCGCGAUAAACAUACCGAUCGAAGUCGUCAAGACGAUGUUACAAGCAUCCAGUACGCAACGAAACGCAAAUGGUUUUAAUAUGUCGUCCCUAUCGAACAUUAUUAUAACGUUAUUUCAGAUGUAUCGCCAAAGCCCGCUGACACGUCGGAAACCCCGAAAAAAACCGGGCCCCCGAAAACACCGAGCCCGUUUAAAUUGAUUGUCGAGCAAUACAAAGCCGGCGGUAUCCGGUCGCUUUAUAAAGGAGCGACGUUAUUGAUUUUGAGGUUCGUAUGUUAAAACUAUCGAAUGCGAAUGCGAGUUAAUAGAUUUGUUUGUCGUAUUAUUUUUAUUUUUCAGAGAUGUACCGAGUACGGGCAUUUAUUUUCUCUCGUACGAGCAUUACUGUUGCGUAUUGAAAAAAUCAUGGAACAAUCGUAGUGAAAUCAAAAACGAACCGAUGGCGAUGCACAUACAACUCAUAGCCGGAGGUUUGGCGGGUAAUUCUAACACAGAUUUUCUAUCCCAAUCGAAAAACCAUAUACACCUAUAUAAUGUUCCGUUUAAAUCAUUAUUAUUACUUUUUUUUUUUUUGAACCGAUUGCGUUAUUAUUAUUCAAUGAAAUCUUCUUUUUAUUUGGGUGCAAUUCGUAUAGUUUACCCUGUUAAUAAAACUGUUGACUGACGGUUCUUGUCUUACUUAUUAUUUAGGUGUCACUAGUUGGAUUUUUGUGUUGCCAAUCGACGUGGUCAAAACUAAAUUCAUCGUGGACAGUCUUAAGGAAAAGCCUCUGUACACAGGCGCGUGGGACUGUACGAAAAAAAUGUACGCGCAGGGUGGUGUGAAGAUGUUUUUCAGAGGAUUCGGAUUACUAUGCAUAAGAGCAUUUCCCGUAAACGGCAUAGCAUUUCUAGUGUACGGAAUACUUUUGGACAUGUGCAGUGUUAAUGAUGACGGUAACAAAAGUAUCGAGUGA